CUUGAGAUAUUAAAUAGAAUAAUAAGUAAUAAUUCACCCCGCCAUCGCUUCCGUUGGGGACCCACUUGGAUGCGUCAUUAGCCGCCUAGUCAAUCCUCCCCCGAUUCAAACCACAAACAACGAAUCCCAAGAUGGCGCCUCACCAAGGACUCGUGCACCCCAAGGAAUAUGAUAUCAAAGACAGCAAUGUGGAACUGAUCGGGUCCGAUAUUGAUCAUCGUGUCAAGUACAAUUCCGCUGUCACGGAACCCGCGUGGAACGAUGGCCAGGUGGGCAAGGGGCCGGGCCUGUGGAUCUGGCGGAUUGAAAACUUCGAGGUAGUGCCCUGGCCCAAAACCCGGACGGGCGAGUUCUACGACGGCGACAGCUACAUUGUGCUGCACUCCUACCAGGUCGGCGACGACAGGCUGGGCCACGAUAUCUUUUUCUGGCUGGGAAGCAAGACGAGCCAGGAUGAGGCAGGCACCGCCGCCUACAAGACCGUGGAGCUGGAUGAAUUCCUCCAUGGGGCCGCCACCCAGCAUCGCGAAGUCCAGCAGCAUCCCUCCGACGAAUUUCUGUCGCUCUUCCGCCGCAUCUCUAUCCGGAGUGGAGGCGUAGCGUCGGGAUUCAACCACGUCGAAGAGGAGACGCCCAAGGAGGUGACGACCUUGCUUCGCGUCUUCAAGCACCCGAGCGCCGGUCGCAUCGAUUCAAUUAUCGUGUACGAGGUGGAGCCCACCUGGCAGAGCCUCGACGAACAAGAUGUCUUCGUCCUGGACAAGGGCGAUAAGAUCUGGGUUUGGCAGGGUAAGAGCUGCAGUCCCAUGGAAAAGGCGAAGGCCGCGCAGGUAGUAAACGAUAUGACGCUUGCAAAACACGUCGACGUGGAGGUCUUAUCCCAGCUUGAGCCGCGAUCGAGGAUCAUUGUCGACUUGCUGGGUGGCCGGGGGGUGGAACAAACUACAUUCCAGGCUCCCCGGCCGGGCUCAUUCUCCAAGCGAUCCCAGGAUCCCCAGGCCGAUGCGCGUUCCUCGAAAUUAUUCCGGCUCAGCGAUGCUUCCGGCGCCCUCUCAUUCGACCUGGUCAAGGAUAAUGAGCGAGCUCACCGGUCGGACUUUGACGGAAACGACGUAUUUCUCUACGACGCUGGAAACCGUCUGUGGGUCUGGCAAGGCUUGGGUGCCAGUGAACGGGAGAAGGCGCUGUGGCUGAAGGUCGCCCAGGCGUAUGUUCUCCAGCUUCAAGAUUCCGAGGCCUAUUCGAUCCCGAUCGCCAAGGUUGUGGAAGGCUAUGAGAGUCCAGCAUUCUUAAGAAUGGUCGAGGUGUAGAUAGAGACUGGGAUGUAUAUUCCUUGUAUAGUCAACACAUUAGACAUGCCGGUUGAGAGUAUCCGGCUUACCGAGAAAGAAAGUACAGAUUCCCCGUUUAUGAGUCCAAUUUUGAUAGAGAGCAGUAGGGUAGGGUUCACAAAAGUGGGUGACCACAAGAUGGCUUCACGAUUC